AUGCAUCUGCCCGUGAUUUGGACAAAUCGCGGACUGCUGGCAGCAGUAGCCAAACAGUGGCAUAGCGAGACAUGUACCUUCCACUUGGCAAUGGGAGAGAUGAUAGUUACACUAGAGGAUGUGUGGCGGAUACUGCAUAUCCCAAUCCUAGGGGAGCUGGUGCCCUAUGAACAAGGACUAGGGACGACAUCGGUGCAGAGGAUUUUUGCAGAUGAUAUAUAUAUUGAGGAUGGUUCAAUAGCUUGGGAGGACAUUGCAACACUAUAUGAGCCUUUACCAACAGUGUUAUCAGGAAUCAUCAAGGGUUUGUUAUGCCCUGAUCGGCGUUCACAUGGAUUGGCUGUUGGUUGGGGCCAGCUUUUGAGGAUGAGAGGAGGUGGUGACGAAGGAGGAGGAGGUGGUGUUGGUGGAGGGGGAGGAGAUGGGGGAGAGGGAGGUGGUGGGGGAGGUUAUGGUGGAGCAGGAGGAGGGGGAGGUGGUUGGGGUGGGGGAUUUGGGGAUGGAGGUGGAUUUGGAGAUGGAAGUGGUGGAGGGGGUUGA